GAGGGAGGACACUUGCAAGUUGAAUUGCGAGGAAGCGUUUAAGCAGAAAACGGUGCGUGAGGAAGGAAGACAAUGUCUUAAAGACAGAGGAAACCGAAAGGGGAAUAUGCAGAGGAGCAAAACAUAAGCUCACGAGGACUUAUGGAUGAAACCUGUUUGCUGCUGACCCUGGAUGUUUUUGCACUGUGGCACCUGGACCGAAAAUUCAUUGCAGAACCUACAUUGUUUUCCAGAGUGUAUAAUGACAGACCGACUGUGAGGUACGUUGUCAGAUCCGUCGGUUGGUCUCAGCUGUUUUGCGCAUCGAAAAGAGCAGGAACGUCUCGAAAAUCUCGGACACUUACCAGCAGACCUCCGUUAGUGACAAGCUUGUUGGUGGCAGAAUGGAUGAGUCAACUUCUGUCACUGUUCAAUGUCCUCUGCCAUGGCAAAGCGGGAGGCUGGGAGCACCAGCCCGGUUGUGCGUCAGAUAGACAAGCAGUUUCUGGUCUGCAGCAUCUGUCUGGAUCACUACUCCAACCCCAAGGUCCUGCCCUGCCUGCACACCUUCUGUGAAAGUUGUCUCCAGAACUACAUUCCCCCAGAGUCCCUGACGCUCUCGUGCCCAGUGUGUCGGCAGACCUCCAUUCUGCCGGAGAAAGGAGUCGGUGCUCUACAGAACAACUUCUUCAUCACUAAUCUCAUGGAGGUCCUUCAACGAGACCCAGAGUGCACACGGCCCGAGGACUGCGGCGUCCUGGAGUCGGUCAGCGCUGCGGCUGCAGUGAAGCCCCUCUGCUGCCCGAACCACGAGGGAAAGGUGAUGGAGUUCUACUGCGAGUCGUGUGAGACGGCCAUGUGUCUCGACUGCACAGAGGGCGAGCACAGGGAGCAUGUGACCGUCCCACUGCGUGACGUGGUGGAGCAGCACAAGGCUGCUCUGAAGACACAGCUGGAUGCCAUACUCAGCAGGCUUCCUCAGUUAUCAGCGUCCAUCGAGGUGGUGAUAGAGAUCUCCCGCCAGCUGAAUGAACGGAAGAACGAGGCGGCGGCAGAGAUUACCAGCACAUUUGAAGAGCUGGAACGAGCGCUGCAUCAGCGCAAGACGUCCCUCAUCACGGACCUGGAGCUCAUCUGCAGCACCAAGCAGAAGGUCCUGCAGGCCCAGCUUUCGUCGCUCCUUCAGGGGAAGGAACACAUCCAGAGCAGCUGCAGCUUCACUGAGCAGGCUCUCAGCCGCGGGAGUGCUACUGAGGUGCUGCUGGUUCAGAAGCAGAUGAGCGAGCGGGUGACGGCGCUGGCCAGACAUGACUUCCCAGAGAAACCCCAUCAGAACGCACACCUGGACUGUCAGGUGGAGACCGAAGGUUUGAGGCGCUCCAUUCAGAACCUGGGAGUUCUCCUCACCACAGCCGCCGUGGCUCACACCUCGGUAGCCACAGGAGAGGGCCUCCGCCACGCGGCAACCGGGCAGCACCACACAGUUACUGUGACGACCAAAGACAAAGAUGGGGAGCUGGUGCGCAGUGGAAACGCCGCUCUGAAGGCCGAGAUAACGUCGGUCGACGGAAGCCGCGUUGCGGAGGCCGAUGUGGCGGACAACAAGAACGGGACGUACGAGGUGGGCUACACGCUGCGCUCCGAAGGAGAGUACUCCUUCGCCUUGUCGCUGUACGGGCAGCCGAUACGCGGCAGCCCGUUCCGCCUGCGGGCGCUCAAACCCUCGGACGUGCCGCAGUCCCCGGAUGACGUGAAGCGGAGGGUGAAGUCUCCCAGCGGGACGGGGGGCCACAUUCGGCAGAAGGCGGUGCGACGUCCUUCCAGCAUGUACAGCACCACCAAGAAAAAGGAGAACCCCAUCGAGGAUGAGCUCAUCUACAGAGUGGGUUCCCGGGGCCGAGAAAAAGGAGAGUUUACAAAUUUACAAGGAAUAUCAGCCUCGUGUAACGGCAGGGUGGUGGUGGCUGACAGCAACAAUCAGUGCAUACAGGUCUUCUCCAACGACGGACAGUUUAAGAUGCGCUUCGGAGUCAGAGGUCGGUCGCCGGGGCAACUUCAGAGACCAACGGGCGUCACAGUGGACAUGAACGGCGACAUUGUGGUGGCCGACUACGACAAUCGAUGGGUCAGCAUCUUCUCCUCUGACGGCAAAUUUAAGAAUAAGAUAGGUGGAGGUCGGCUCAUGGGCCCCAAGGGUGUUGCCGUGGACAAGAAUGGACACAUCAUCACUGUGGACAACAAGGCCUGCUGUGUCUUCAUCUUUCAAUCCAACGGGAAGCUGGUGACUAAGUUUGGAGGCCGGGGGACGUCUGACAGACAGUUUGCAGAAAAGCUUUCUCCAAAUGUUAAUAAAUCUGGCUCGGUUUUCAGUCCACACUUUGUUGCAGUGAACAACAAAAACGAAAUUAUCGUGACGGAUUUUCACAAUCACUCUGUAAAGGUGUACAGUGCGGAUGGAGAGUUCUUGUUCAAAUUUGGCUCUCAUGGUGAAGGCAACGGCCAGUUCAACGCCCCCACUGGCGUGGCUGUGGACGCCAACGGAAACAUCAUUGUAGCUGACUGGGGUAACAGCAGAAUACAGGUGUUUGACAGCACAGGCUCCUUCUUGUCUUACAUCAACACGUCAGCAGACCCGCUGUACGGGCCCCAGGGCCUCGCCCUCACCUCGGACGGACACGUGGCUGUCGCCGACUCUGGAAACCACUGCUUUAAGGUGUACAGGUAUCUGCAGUAGGCCGCAGACAUCGAAGACACAACCUUUUUGCUCAGACAACUUAAAAUCACUUACUGCUCAUGGACAUAGGGCCGCAAAGUGGUUGCACACUUCACACUGGCCCCCCGUGUUCCACAAAUGAGUUUCCUUUUAGGUUUUGUCUGUACAUAUUUUAGAGGAUCCAAUAUUCAGAGAGAAAAUGUUUACAUAAAAAUUAAAAAAAACAAUUCAAGUGUUAUUAAAAUGUAUUUUAAAAUAAACUAGCUAAGUGACAUUAAUUUCCCAUCUCGGGAGACUAUCCUGGUGUGUCCCAAGCGUCCUGUGAUUGGAUGUUUACCCUAAUUGAGCAUAACUUUAGCUUAGGAGAGAUUUAACCAAACCAGGUAUAUUUCUGACAGCGCCAGUAGAUGGCCUGCCAGUCUGCAGUUAGUGAUGCGAUUUGUUUAGGCCACGCGGAUGGAAAACACACCAGCAAACCAACCAAGUGCUCUACUGGUUCCCUGAUGAUGCUGAGGGGUAAAAUAACAAAGCUCAGGCCUUCCCUGCGAAUUGUUGUGUGUCGGUGUGCACUAGAAAUGAACCCGUCAUCAUGGCCUUCAAGUUUUCAUUAGUAAAUACAACGGAUCCAGACAGAAUGCUUUGUUUUAAAGGAUUUGUUCCUUUUUCUCCUUUUGCACUUUACCACUUUGAAAAGAUCCUUGGCGUGGAUAUUCAGAUGUUUUUUUUAAAGUCAGUUUCAGUUUAAUAUUUUAACUUUUGUAUUGCUGCCCAAAGAAAAACAGCAAGAAGCACAACAAGGCUUUUGAACACAGCAUCCUGUUCUUCUAUUGACAAAACAAACCUCUUAUAUCUAACCCCACUAGUUUGUGUAUUCAUAUUUAGAUCCUAAUGUAGUUGUUCAUAGAGAACGCACGUUUUGAUGUCCGGAUGGAACAGUACUUAAUCAACACUGGGUCAUAUAUUAAUGCAGUAGAAGAUGCCAAGUGGACAACUGAACAACUUGCAAACAUCAAUGGAGUUGUAUACCCAUUAUUUGCUGUAUCUUUUUUUCAAAGGACUUAAUUUAUUUUUUGCUUUUCUUUUCUACAUAAUUUGCUCAGAGUAUUUUUCUAAUUGGUGUAUUUGAACUGUCUUUUUGUAUAUAGACCUUGUAACUAGUAGCACUGAAAGCCUGCUUUCUCUUUGGCCUCCACAGCUCUCAUCCAGUUAAACAGUAACUUUUCCCGCUGCCAAAAUGCACCGUUGUGAGUUGAACAAAAUAGUUAUGUUUGCAAGAGUAAUAUAUGCCUGUGUAUAGAUACCUACUGUAACAUAAUCAGAUUGUUUAAUGUAUAUUACAAUCACAUAGUUGAAGUUGAUUAGCACCUUAUUUUGGGUUUGUCCAGUAUUUGUAUUCAUUUGCUUGGUUUUCUAUGUGGCCAUUUGAGAAACACACCAGCUAAAAUCAGACUUCUUUCAACUUUAAAUUUACAAUUAACAGUUUGUCUCCGUUAAUUGAUCAAUUGUCCAUGUCUCCCUCCAUUUGCAUUUCACACUAAAUACAAACUCAUUUAAAAACGUU